UCCUUUAUCUGAACGAUGAGCACGAGUCGCUAGGAAGAGGAGAGUGGAUCCAGAGGAAUUAUAAUUGAGGCCGAUCGAAAGGGCUUAGGGCUUAGGGCUUUGAAUUAAUUAAGAUGGGAUGAUGAUCAAAACCUGAUUAGGAAUCCACAGAUUAGUUGACGCUGAAUUUGAGGAAUAUUCUAGUGAGCGAACAUGGAUGGUCCUUUUAUUCGAAUAUAUGAGGACUUGAAAAUUCAAGUAGGAGCUUUCUGUCUCCUCUCUCUCUCUCUCUUUCUCGCGUGAUCUAUGACGAUGCUCUGAUUUUUUAGGUUUAUCUUUUCGUUCAGUGAUCAUCAUAUUCCCAUUUCCCGCGAUCAUCUUUAACUCCGCUCCACGAGAAUCAUUGGAUUCAUUGCAUCUUUUGCGAUUCUCGAUUUCGUUCUCAGCCGUUCUCUUUCUCAGCUCAUGAUAGUAGUAGUGUUGGCCCCCAAUUUGAUCCGUGAUUGUGGUUGAAAGUUGGAACUCAGCUGAUUUCACGGGGUUUCUUUGACUUAAUUGUUCGGUUUCUACUGGAAGGACUCGCGGAACGUACUGAGGCGAGUAAAUAGCAGAGAUUGGAGACUGAAAAUGUCUCGGAAUCUGGAGAAGAUGGCCUCAAUUGAUGCCCAGCUGAGGCUAUUGGCGCCUGGGAAGGUCUCCGAAGACGAUAAGUUGGUGGAGUAUGACGCUCUCUUGUUGGAUCGGUUCCUCGACAUUCUUCAGGGUUUGCAUGGAGAAAAAAUUAGAGAAACGGUUCAAGACUGUUAUGAGCUUUCUGCUGAGUAUGAAGGCAAACAUAACCCUCAGAAACUAGAGGAACUUGGGAAUGUGCUGACAAGUUUAGAUGCUGGGGAUUCUAUUGUAGUUGCUAAAUCAUUCUCCCACAUGCUUAAUUUAUCUAACUUGGCCGAGGAAGUCCAAAUAGCAUACAGACGAAGAAUUAAGUUGAAGAAAGGUGAUUUUGCUGAUGAAGCUUCUGCAACAACUGAAUCAGACCUUGAAGAGACCAUUAAGAGGCUUGUGGUCCAGCUGAAAAAGUCACCUGAAGAAGUGUUUGAUUCUUUGAAGAACCAGACGGUAGAUUUGGUCCUCACAGCACAUCCCACUCAAUCUGUCCGUAGAUCUUUACUCCAAAAACAUGGAAGGAUUCGGAAUUGUUUGACCCAGUUGUAUGCCAAAGACGCUACUCCUGAUGAUAAGCAGGAGCUUGAUGAGGCUUUGCAGAGAGAGAUUCAAGCUGCUUUUCGCACUGAUGAAAUCCGGAGAACACCUCCAACUCCACAAGAUGAGAUGAGGGCAGGAAUGAGCUACUUCCAUGAGACAAUUUGGAAAGGAGUUCCAAAGUUCCUACGACGUGUUGACACUGCUUUGAAAAAUAUAGGAAUAAAUGAGCGUGUUCCUUAUAAUGCCCCGCUAAUUCAGUUUUCUUCUUGGAUGGGUGGGGAUCGUGAUGGAAACCCGAGGGUAACUCCUGAAGUAACAAGGGAUGUAUGCUUAUUGGCUAGAAUGAUGGCUGCUAAUUUAUACUUCUCUCAAAUAGAGGAUCUCAUGUUUGAGUUGUCAAUGUGGCGUUGCAAUGAUGAACUUCGUGCUCGUGCAGAUGAACUUCAUAGAUCCUCGAAGAGAGAUGCGAAACAUUAUAUUGAGUUUUGGAAACAAGUUCCUCCAAAUGAGCCCUACCGUGUUAUUCUUGGUGACGUAAGGGACAAGCUGUAUUAUACACGAGAACGUGCUCGUCAGUUAUUAGCCAAUGAGAUCUCCGAUGUUCCUGAGGAGGCAACUUACACUAAUGUUGAGCAGUUCCUAGAGCCUCUUGAACUCUGUUACAGAUCACUCUGUGCUUGCGGUGAUCAGCCAAUUGCUGAUGGAAGCCUUCUUGACUUUUUACGGCAAGUUUCCACAUUUGGACUCUCGCUUGUGAGACUUGAUAUCCGGCAAGAAUCAGAAAGGCAUACUGAUGUCCUUGAUGCUAUUACGAAACAUUUGGAAAUUGGAUCAUUUAAAGAGUGGUCAGAAGAACAGAGGCAGGAAUGGCUUUUGUCUGAACUCAGUGCCAAGCGCCCUCUAUUUGGCCCUGAUCUUCCCAAGACUGAAGAAAUUGCUGAUGUGUUGGACACUUUUCAUGUCAUUUCUGAACUCCCUCCAGAUAGCUUUGGUGCCUACAUAAUAUCAAUGGCAACUGCACCAUCUGAUGUGCUUGCUGUGGAGCUUUUACAGCGUGAGUGUCGAGUCAGACAGCCAUUAAGGGUUGUCCCAUUGUUUGAAAAGCUUGCUGAUCUUGAGGCUGCACCUGCUGCUUUGGCUCGUCUCUUCUCAGUAGAUUGGUACAGGAAACGGAUAAAUGGAAAGCAAGAAGUCAUGAUUGGGUACUCAGACUCAGGAAAGGAUGCUGGUCGUCUUUCUGCUGCAUGGCAGUUGUACAAAGCCCAAGAAGAACUUAUAAAAGUGGCAAAGGAAUUUGGGGUGAAGCUUACUAUGUUCCAUGGUCGAGGAGGGACUGUUGGAAGAGGAGGGGGUCCCACCCAUCUUGCUAUUUUGUCUCAGCCACCUGACACAAUUCAUGGAUCUCUUCGUGUGACAGUUCAGGGUGAAGUUAUUGAACAGUGUUUUGGAGAGGAGCACUUGUGCUUUAGGACUCUCCAGCGAUUCACAGCUGCUACUCUGGAGCAUGGAAUGCAUCCUCCAGUUUCACCAAAGCCAGAGUGGCGUGCACUGAUGGACGAGAUGGCAGUUAUUGCCACAAAAGAAUAUCGUUCCAUAGUUUUCCAGGAGUCCCGAUUUGUUGAAUACUUCCGCCUGGCAACACCAGAAACAGAGUAUGGUCGGAUGAAUAUAGGAAGUCGUCCAUCAAAAAGAAAACCGAGUGGCGGAAUAGAAUCACUUCGUGCAAUCCCGUGGAUAUUUGCAUGGACGCAGACAAGGUUUCACCUGCCGGUCUGGCUUGGUUUUGGUGCUGCAUUCAAGCAUGUCAUUGAGAAGGAUGUUAAAAAUUUACACAUGCUUAAGGAGAUGUACAAUCAGUGGCCUUUCUUCCGAGUGACAAUUGACCUGGUGGAGAUGGUGUUUGCAAAGGGAGAUCCGGGGAUUGCUGCUUUGUAUGACAAGCUCCUCGUCUCUGAAGACUUGUGGCCAUUUGGAGGGCGCUUGAGAGCCAACUACGAAGAAACAAAGAGCCUUCUCCUCCAGAUUGCUGGGCACAAAGAUCUACUUGAGGGAGACCCCUACUUGAAGCAGAGACUCGGUCUUCGUGAUGCAUACAUUACAACCCUUAACGUGUCGCAAGCCUAUACACUGAAAAGAAUCCGCGACUCGAGCUACGAUGUGAAGGUGAGGCCGCAUCUGUCCAAAGAAACCAUGGAAUCUAGGAAGCCGCAAACUGCAGAACUUGUGAAGCUUAACCCGACGAGCGAGUACGCUCCCGGACUGGAAGACACCCUUAUCUUAACCAUGAAGGGAAUUGCUGCCGGAAUGCAGAACACCGGCUAACGCCUACUCCGGCAGCGCCGUUUAGGUAUCCGUUGUUUAAACUCUUGUAUGAACUUACAUAUUAUGUUAUGGUUUUAGCAGAGGUAGCUUAUGCUGGAAGAAACUGGCAUUUAUAAGUGAAUUAUGUGUGCUAGUAGUACAAACUUGACUAUUUAUUCCCCCCC